AUGCCUUCUCGAAACCAACCGGUGAUCUCCCCGAGCUUACUGAGCUGCGAUUUCGCCCGCAUGGCCGAUGAAUCCAAGAAGGUCAUCGCGUGCGGCGCCGAUUGGUUACACUUGGACGUCAUGGAUGGACACUUCGUCCCCAAUCUCACCUUUGGCGCGCCCGUGAUCGCUGCUCUGCGACCGCACGUCCCCGACGCGUACUUCGACGUGCACCUGAUGGUGACGAACCCGGAGGAUUACGUCGAACCGAUGGCGAAGGCUGGGGCGAACAUGUUCACGUAUCACGCGGAGACGACGAAGACGGCGGGGGAGGCGGCGGAGCUGUGUCGAAAGAUUCGAGCGAGCGGAAUGCACGUCGGGGUGGCGAUCAAGCCGGCGACGAAGGCGGAGGUCGUGUUUGGGCUCGUGGAUGAAGGUGCGGUGGACAUGGUGCUGGUGAUGACGGUGGAACCGGGAUUCGGAGGACAAAAGUUCAAUCCAGAGUGCUGCGCCAAGGUAAAGACGCUUCGCGAGCGCUUCCCAGAUUUGAAGAUUCAGGUGGACGGUGGAUUGUCGGCUUCCACGAUUGACGUCGCGGCCGAGGCAGGGGCGAACGUCAUCGUCGCGGGCAGCAGCGUGUUCGGGAGCGCGGAUUGGAAACAGGCAAUCGACGUCCUUCGAGAAGGCGUAUUGAAGCAUCAAUAA